GCCUACUUCCGCUAAGCUUGUGGUCAGUGUCUGAAACAGAUGUAACGUUACUGAGGCAAUGCGUUCCACCUUUUAGGUAAAUUAACCUUUAUCUACAUUUGAUAAGUGUCGUUUGAUUGCCAGUCUAGGGCGUACGGUGCGUAGCUAUUCGCUGUUUUGCUUAAAUUACGUUUAAUUUGAGCUAGCAUGCAGCUAACGUUAGCAUUAUUCCAGAUCAAAACAAAGGGUGCAAUAGCGAUAACGUUCAGUUAGCUUUCAGUCCAAAGAUGCUCAGCCACUUGAACGUUAACGGGAGCCUAGUCAGCGUUGCUCUACUAGAAGUUGUAAUGCGAACGAUGCAAUUAGAAAUAGAGACGAUUCCCAACAACAUUUCAAGUUGCAAUCCACAGCUAACGUAAAAUAUGUAUGUAUAGGCAACAAGAAGUUGUCGCGAUAUUACGAUCGUGUAACGUUGUAGUGAGCAACAGUUGGAUUCUGAAUCUAAAAAGGGUUAUAGGUCUAACACGAUAUUCAAAUAAGUAAACUAUUUGACAAGUGUGUCUCCCUUUUUACGAUUUGUUAGCGACAUUUAUUUUGACAGGUUACAGAGCUGCAUAAUCUGAAGUUUAUCUCCAUCCUGUCGCAGCCUGUGAAGUCAUAACGUUACAUUACGUUUCACAUAAACUAAAAGUUUAAUGACAGCUCAAUGGAGAGUAAUGAACCCCGAGCUGUGACGCGAUGCAGAGGGGGCCACUUCUGCAUCGCCCCUGGAUGCAGCAAUGAGUUUUAUAGAGCCAAAAACGAAGGCAAGACUGUCCACUUUCACUCUUUGCCUUUUGCGCGGCACGUGGUGCUUCGUCGUUGGCUAGCUGCACUCAGACGAGGGACGACUCCCGUCCGGCGGGGCGCUCGGGUCUGUAGCGAGCACUUUGUGGACGAGGACUAUGUCGGGGAGAGUGUGUUUGAGUCAGGGGUCCUGGUGGUUCGCCGUACCAAUAAACUGAAGACCGAGGCCGCUCCCUCUGUGUUUGACUUUUCCUCUCAAAAGGUUGGGUGUGCAGGUCAGGACGUAACGUCAGCGGUGCGCCGUAAGAAAAGGGCCCGACGACACGCCCACCUGGCCGCGCAGAGGAAGGAUCUGCAGAGAUUCACCUCUCUCAUCCUUCAAAAGAAACCCACGAAAAUGUCAGCAGCCAUGGAUUCACCAGCAGCAACAGCAACCCCAGUCAUCUGUGAGGUCUGUGGAACGUUCUUUGAGACGCGACGAGGGCUCUCCAGCCACGCCCGCCUCCACCUCCGGCAGCUCGGUGUGACGUUGUCGGAGAGCAGCGGAGCUCCCAUUGAACUGCUCUACCAGCUCAUCCAGGAGAGAGGCGACUCCCUCCCCGAUUUCAAAGCAGACUCUUCUGUGCCUGGGCCGACCCCUCUCAAAAAAGCAUCCCAGCAGGAGUCCAGGACACCUUCAGCACCAGAGGACAGCGGUGACUCCGGCAAAGCAGGGAGUAGAGUCACGACAGCGCCACAAAAGAUGGAUCAUCAGGGAUCUCCAGCCAGACUAAAAGAGACACCAACCUCUCCCGCCCCCUCGUCCUCCUCUGGUCUGAGGCCGGUUGAGUGUAGAACAAGUGAGGGCAGCAGCUCGUCCUCAGAGCACAAAACCAAAACCAAGCCGCUGUGGGCGCCGCUGGAAACUGACGCCCCCAUCACCUUAGCUUCAGACACCAAAAAUGAGGUCCAUGUGUGCCAGCUCUGUGGCUGCUGGUACGGGACACGCAAAGGCCUGUCGGGUCACGCUCGGGCACAUCUGCGCCAGAUCGGAAUCCCCGACAGCGACAUCAAGGGCAGCCCUAUUCAGCUGCUUUACCAGAUCAUGGAGGAGGAGGACCUCAAGCCCAUCAGCAGCGAGCAGCAGGAGGGAGCGAGCACCUCGAACAGUCCCUCCAGAUCCUCCUCUAAGCGACCCUCCAAUCGGUCCUCUCCUCCCGCGUCCCCACCCAGCAAGCGGCCUAAGUCGUCAGAGGACUUCACCUGUAUUCUGUGCAGGGAGAAGUUUGAGAAUCGUAAAGGGCUGGCCAUCCAUGCACGCGCUCACCUGCGUCAGAUCGGAGUGGUCGACCUGCUGGGGAAAAGCUCUGCAAUUGACGCCGUCCAAGAACUGGUCAGCAAUGGCAUGCUGGAAGCCGUACACCCUCCCAACAUGAACAGUGCAACCAGCUCGUCGGCGGCCCCGUUUCCCUCCACGUCCCUCUCCUCAAGCCCUGUAAAGUACGCCCGGUCUCCUGUUAACAGGGCGCCAAAGGCUAAGAAAGGCUUUCGGCUAGCUGUGGACCCCCUUCAUAGGAAGCCGAAGCCUGAACCUAUGGAGAUCGAGGUGUCCGUUCAACCGAAGGGAUCCGGCACUAUCGGCAACUCCCCCACACAGAAGUCACCUCCUGCUUCAAAGCCUCUGAAUGCAGAUGUACAAUCCCCGCCAACAGUCCUUUGCGAUUUCUGUGGGCAGCUGUUUGAGACCCGCAAAGCCCUGUCCUGCCACGCCCGCGCACAUCUGCGCCAGCUCGGCCUCACCUGGUCAACCAGGACGUCGCCGAUCGAUCUCCUCAGAGAGGUGAUGAUGCGCGGUGAAGAAGGCAAGAAAGUGUCUGUGCUCGCUGGGUCAUCGGGCAAAGCCACGUGGGCCCCUCAAGGCUCCAGACGGUCCCACGACCGCCUCCAGCCAGGGGAACCGGCCGCCAACCCCUCCACGGCGCCUCUUGAUUACUCCAUGAAGGAGAAACCCUCGUCUGGCAGGAGUGGGGCCUCACACACCGACGCGUCCUGUGAGCUUUGUGGCUUUGACUUUGAAAACCGCAAGGCCCUGGCCAGCCACGCGCGGGCUCACCUCCGCCAGCUGGGGAUCACCGAAUGGAAGGCGGACGGAGCGAGCUCGCCCAUCGAGCUCCUCAGCGAGUUGAUCCGCAGGGACCCAGUGAAGGUAGCGGCAAUAACCCAACGCUAUCGCAUGGGAGACCUUUACAUCAAGAAGUCCCAGAGAGGUGCUGCUUCGCCCCCUCUGUCCACAGACUCUGACUCUGUCGCCGGCAGCAGCCUGAAGUUUUCGGUGAGCAGGGAGAACUUGGGUGUGACUGCCGGCUCAUCCAGACACUCAAACGGCCACGGACGGACUUUUGCAGCCCACGGCGACCCCGGCGUGCGCUCCUCAAGGGGGGUCCACCCACCAAAACAUGUCGCACGAGCAAGGGAAGAAAAUCAGGACACCAAUUCCCAGCAGCCAUCGCGGUCAGGCAGCAUCCCCGCGAUGCUGCCAAAGCCCCCACUUACACCUCUGGUCAAACUGGUGGGCAAAGUCUACUCCCUCAAGUGCAGGUUCUGUGAGGAAGUGUUUCACGGACCUCUGUCGGUUCAGGAGCGGUGGAUCACACACCUGCAGAAGCACAUCCUGUCGCUGGGCUACAAAGGCAAAGCGUCUCCUCCGGCUGCACCGGUGGCGGCUCCGGCACUCGUCCAUCCAGUCGCUGUCUAGUCCACAACGUCUCUCUGUAGUUCACGUUAAACACGGUCGUCUUUUUCGUACGUCAACACGAAGGCCUUACGUCUAACAAAUGGUCAGUAAAUGUUGAUGUUCCCUUCUUUGUCCUAGAGAGGGCAAGCAUGAGCCAUAUGAGGAAAGCAGCAGCACGUAAUCCACUCAGGUCAAAUCCACCGAAUCCAGCGAUCACAAGACUGAUCACUGGAUGUUUUGGGGUUAAUAUCCAAAACCGGUUCAUCCCUCAUUCUGAUGUGCAGUGCGUUCCUCCUCCUGCUCUUACAUCCUACCAUUUGUGUAGAUGGUUGUAAACGUGUUUGAAUGUGAUGUGUUCAAUAUUUGUCAUUAUUUAAUGUCGGACACUGAAAGAACAAUCCGGGUCAGUGAUGUGUGUCCUCCUGAGUAGACUGCUGAGGCUGUCCGUGUACUUAAUCUCCUUUUAUAUGUUUUUGAAUCGAGUCUUGUUUUAUACAUUUAUGUUUUAAGGGUUUUUACCAUAAAUCUGGAUAGAUUCUCUUUCUUUUUCUCAUGAAUGGAAACUCUUUUGAAUAACAAAACACUGAGACAAGAAAUAACAAAAAAAAUGAACUUGUGACAACUUGGUUGGAAGAAAACUGUUCAGUGAUGUAAUCUCCUGAAGAUCACAGCCUCAACCGUCUGUCUCCAUUAUUGACUCUUUCUUCAGGUACAACUCCAAAUACUGUUGUUUUUCUGCUCUUCUUACGUAUGCUUUUUAACACUUAUAUGAAUUAAAUUGUGUCUUGUAUAUAAAAA